AUGGAGAUACCUUACAGAAAGAUCAUGAUAUACGCUUUAACUUUUAUAGCCUAUGCAUAUACUGGCAUGGGUUCUAGUAUGUUAAAGAAUUUAAAAGAUGCAGUAUUGUCUGCAGAGUCGGUAUUUGGAGAUAUGUUCAAAAAUGUCAUAACAGUGGCUGAAAAAUUUAGAUCUCUUCAUGAAAUAUUUGAUGCCGCAGUUGAAGAGGAAUGUAUAUUUGCUUGUCCCGAAGGACAGAAACCAGUUCGCAAUAGGAAUCAUGUUCCAAAAUCAGAUGGCUGUGGUUCACUGGGAUUUGAAAUUGCAACAGAAUAUUUACCUCUUGAAGAGAUGACAAAAUGUUGUGAGAAUCAUGAUAUUUGCUAUGACACAUGUAAUAGUGGGAAGGAGUCAUGCGAUUUGGAAUUUAAAAGAUGUCUUUACAAUUACUGUGAGUCAUACAAGUCUGUGAAUGUAGCAGGAGACACAAUUGCUAAAGGUUGCAAAGCUGGAGCAAAGUUAUUGUUCACUGGCACAUUAACACUAGGUUGCAAGUCAUAUUUAGAUGCACAGAAAAAUGCAUGUUACUGUCCUCUUCUUAAAAAUAGCAAAUAUAAAAAAUACCCCAAAAAUGGAGAUCUUUAG